ACUCAUAACAAAGGACACCGGCUGAAAUGAAAAUCCCACUGGUGGGAAGGAACCUUCCCAGCUACCCAAGGUGGGAAGGAAGUUGUUGACUCACCACAGAAGGAAGCUAUGGACACUGGCCGAAAUGAAAAUCCCACUGGUGGGACAGCUAAUAAUCAAGACCCUUACUGCUGGGAAUGAGAUUGCAAGGAAGAGGAAAGGGAAAGAUACUCUUGUUGAAGUGCACCAUGGUGCUGGUGGAAGGAAAGAUUCUAUGAGCAAACCGUGGGCAAUUAUGGGAGAUUUCAACUGUGUUUCUGCCUCAAAUGAAAGAGUGAACUGCCAAAACAGUAUGGCCUAUGUUGGAGACAAUGCUUUGGAUGAUGCCCCUUCUACUGUGCUCUUCUUUACCUGGCAAAGGAGGGAGAAAUGGGCUAAGCUAGACAAGUUCCUUCUGAAUCGUGACUGGGCUGAUUCUGGGCUUGACUGCAGAGCUGCUUUUAUGGACUUGACGAUUGAAUCUGACCACUGCCCAAUUGUGCUCUCCCUUUUUGGCCCCUCCCCCAGUGGCUCCAAGCCCUUUAAAAUUUUCAACAUGUGGACCCCCCGUGAUGAUUUUGGUGAGAUUGUUAGAAGGGUCUGGGAAGGGCCUCUUAAAGCCCUCAAAAGCAAAGUCUUUGGUCAUAUCUCCAUCAAAGCAACAAAGGCCAAUGAUAAGUAUAAGUCCCUUAUGAAACUCCUGGUUGAUGAUCCCAGCAAUCCCUCCCUGAUUGAUAUGAACUCCAAGAAGACAGAAGCCACCUUCCUCAUUGAUGCUAAGAGAUCCUUCAGCAAAAGGCAAAAUGUGACUUCCUUGUUGACAGUGACAAGGGCACAUGCUACUUCCAUGCCCAUGUCAAGAACAAGACUAGUAAUGCUAUCCCCUUCCUGGUUCUUGCCCAGAGAAUGGCCCCCCCUCCGGCCGUCUUUUGUUGACCCAGCACAGUCUGCUUUUGUGGAGGGGAGAUCCCUAGUUGACAAUAUUUUCCUUACCCAGCAACUUGUGAAGGGCUAUGCAGUGAAAAGGACUUCUCCUAGGUGUAUGCUCAAGGUGGAUAUCACCAAGGCUUUUGACACAGUUUCCUGGCAGUUUCUGGGGUCUGUUCUGAUUGGCCUUGGGUUCCCUAGGCAGUUUGUUUCUUUGAUUAUGGAAUGUGUCACCACCACUUCCUUUUCUCUCUCCCUCAAAAACUGUCUACAUGGGUUCUUAAAGGCGUAGUGUAGGCUUAGACAGGGGGGAGCCUUGGCCCCUACUCUGUUUAUUC